CUCUCUCUCUCUCUUCCCAGCUUCUCCAUCUCCUUCCCCGGAGCUUGUGGAGGGCACAUGGAUUAGGGUUUCCUGUAGCAUCAGGAGAAGUCCCUUUUUGGACGAGCGAAAGAAAGAAUCCUUCUCCAAGAUUUGCUAAGCACCAGCGGUACAUACGAGGAGAAAAGAAAGCAAGAUCCGAUGUUUUCUACAUCUCCUCUCUCUCAUCUCUAUCCUACUUCUUCUUAGUCCGGGAACAUUAGAAUCCUUAUGAAAAGGAUCUUUCUUGCUUCCUGUGCUCACCACUAGUAUUACCGAGCCUACUCUUCUCCAGAUCAAUAUUAGCAAGCUCUGCGGCAGCUUCAAACCUUUUUUGCUUCAUGGAUUGGUGGCGAGAAGCUGAAUGCAAACGAGUUCAUGAUCCGUUCUUCUACGAUCACCGCAAGGACAGCUCGGGGAACAGUUGCGACGUAUUGAUGAAGUCUCUGGUGAUCGCCGCAAAGGCUGAGAAGUGCGUUUGGAUCCCGGGGUCGAUCGUCAUCGGCGGCGGGCCGUCGGGGUUGGCUGUCGCCGCUUGCCUCAAGGCGAAAGGAAUCCCCAGCGUCGUCCUCGAGCGGUCCAACUGCAUCGCCUCGCUCUGGCAGCUCAAGACGUACGACCGCCUUCACCUCCACCUCCCGAAGCACUUCUGCGAGCUCCCCCUGAUGCCGUUUCCCUCCUCGUUCCCGACGUACCCCACGAAGCAGCAGUUCGUGGCGUACCUCGAGGCCUACGCGCGAGAGUUCGACAUCCGGCCUCGCUUCAGUGAGACCGUCACCAGCGCAGAGUACGACGGGGCCCUCGGCUUCUGGAGAGUGAAGGCGGUGGCGAUGGGCGGCAAGGAGGACAAGCGGGAGUACCUGUGUCGGUGGUUAGUGGUGGCCACAGGGGAGAACGCGGAGGCGGUCUGGCCGGAUUUCGACGGGGCCGAGGACUUCAAAGGGCCCAUCCUGCACACGAGCCUGUACAAGAGCGGCGACGCGUUCCGCGACAAGAGGGUGCUCGUGGUGGGGUGCGGCAACUCGGGGAUGGAGGUCUGCUUGGACCUCUGCAACAACACUGCCCAUCCUUCCAUCGUCGUCAGAGACUCCGUGCACAUCCUGCCCCGGGAGAUGCUCGGCCGCUCCACUUUCGGGCUGUCCAUGUGGCUUCUGAAGUGGCUCCCGGUGCGGAUGGUGGAUCGAUUACUGCUGCUCCUUGCCCGCCUCAUGUUGGGUGACACGGCCAGGUUUGGGCUACCGCGGCCCCAGGUCGGGCCCCUUGAGCUCAAGUCACUCUCCGGCAAGACCCCAGUCCUCGAUGUCGGAACACUCGCAAGGAUCAAAUCUGGAGACAUCAAGGUGCGACCGGGUGUAAAGAAGCUCUUAGAACAUGGAGCAGAGUUUGUGGACGGUGGAGCAGAUCGAUUCGAUGCCGUAAUCUUAGCGACCGGCUACAAGAGCAAUGUACCGCUUUGGCUCAAGGAGAAGGAGUUGUUCUCAGAGAAUGAUGGACUGCCGAGAAGACCCUUCCCCGACGGCUGGAAAGGGGAGAGAGGGCUAUACGCCGUUGGAUUCACGAAACGAGGCUUGCUUGGUGCGUCGCUGGACGCAAGAAGGAUCGCUCAAGAUAUCGAACAAUGCUGGAAAGCUGAGCUGAAGAAGAUAAUGAUUUUCGCAUGUCCAUGAACACGAUAAGCAUGACGUAACAGUAGGUUUAGGGUUGUCCACCAUCGAUUGGUUUGAGUUGCGUUUGGAUUGAUGGAGAAGCUGUGUGGUAAAGAUGAGGAGAGCUAUGCUUUCACUAGUAAUCUUGUACAGACAUAUAUAUUGUCAUUUUUCGACUUUGA